AUGCCUAGCGAUAAUCCUGCCUGUGCUGACUGUAAGGCCAAGAAGAAACGGUGCAUGCACCGUAACCAACCUGUGAAGGUCGCCGAAGCUGAAGUCACCUCAGCCAACAUGUCUGACCCCUGCGCUGCCACUCCCGCUCCCACCCCUUCUCUCACCCCUGCUGCUACUCCGGUCCCUGCCACUGUUCCCGGUGCUGCCACGAGGGGUCGCCGCAAGGCUGCUGAGGCUGCUGAGGCCAAGCCCAAGGAGAUGAGCCCCGCUCCCGCUGACUCCAGUGACGAGCUUUCUUCCGUGCCCUCUGAGGCUGAGCAGAAGCCGGUGGUCAAAUCCACCAAGCGUAGUCGCCGCGCCAAGACCUCCGCCGCCGCCGCCAGUACCACCACCGCCAAGGCCCAGGAUGAGGUGCCUGACCUUCCCGCCGAGUCCCAGAGCGAGGUUCCUGACGACCUCCCCGCCGACCUUGUCAAUGCCGCUUGCACCAUGUCUGUGCACAGCAUCUGGGCCCGCAAGCUUCAAGCCAACCUCCAGGAACUGGAGGCCAAUAUGCAGGCCGCCAAUGAAGCUCACCGGGUUACUAUGGCCACCGCCCAGGAAAUUCAGCGCACCGUUGACGGCUGGAUUCAGACUUGGACCGCUACUGGCCGUUAG